AGACUUUUCUUGCCUGCGCAGCGCAACGCGCAUCUCAAAUGUUAGUGAUGACCAUGGCAACGAACAACCCAACAAAAAAAAUCAUAAAAAGAAACGCCUCACAACCAAAUUUAAAUCCCCAACAUAUGUUAAUGCAAAUCGUCAAAAUCCGGACCGCCUUCGUUCUCUGCUUCUUCCUCCUCGGCCAACUACGCCAUUAAAAGUCGAAGCGCAGGCGGUCCCUCGAAUCAUGGAUCCAAAUUACCCCCCAAAUCAACAUCCAAAUCCUUACCCCUACCCUUACCCCUACCCCUACCCCUACCCUCCUCCUCCUCAAUCAGCAGAUCCCAACGCGCAACGCGCUCCGUAUCUCCAAUCUCACAACUCAUUCCCCUCUCAGCCUCCUCAUCCUCAUCCUGACCCUCAAUUCAACCCUAACGCCGCCUACCCUAACCCUAGCCCUAACCCUAACUACCCUCCCAAUUACUACAACCCUAACCCCAAUUACUACAAUCCCUACGCCGAUCCCAAUCCCAAUCACAAUCCCUACCCUUAUCCUCAUCAACAAGCCCCCUACAGCAGUCCCAAUCCCAAUCCCCUUCCCCAGAGCUACAAUCCAGCUGAUCACCUCGAUAGGGUCCAAAUCUCCGAUCAUCACCAGCAUCCUGCAGCCCGAGCUCCGCUCAUGCGCCACGCCGCUCUGCUACUCACGCCCUGCCCAUUCGCUUCUCGCUCUGCAUCAUGGAUGCGGCCGCUAGGCCCGGACCCCGUGCCCGCAUGGCGGGCGGAGGCUGGUGGCUGGCGCAGGCUACCGCGCAGCAACCGUGGGUCCCUAAGGUGCUCCUUCUUGGGUCAUGGGAGCCUCGACUUCUGGGUGUGCGAGGCGAGGCACUUGCCGAACUUCGACAUGUUCUCCAAGAGGGUCGGGGACAUGUUCGGCAAGAGGCUGUCCUCCAUGGGGAAGAUCGAUGGCCUGUCGGCAAUGACCAGCGACCCGUAUGUGUCCAUCGUGGUCGGGGGCGCAGUUGUGGGCAGGACUUAUGUGGUCCCAAACAAUGAGCACCCUGUGUGGAUGCAGCAUUUCAAUGUACCUGUCGCACAUUAUGCAGCGGAGGUUGAGUUCUUGGUUAAGGAUAGUGAUAUUGUCGGGUCUCAGCUCAUCGGGAGUGUUAUGAUUCCGGCGGAGUGGAUUUAUUCAGGUGAAAGGGUUGAGGGGAUUUUUCCUAUUCUUGGGUCUAGUGGGAAGCCAUGUAAGCCAGGGGCUACUUUGAGGAUAUCGAUGUUGUACAUACCGAUACUGAGGUUGAGCAUGUACCAUUUAGGAGUUGGUGCUGGUCCUGAGUAUAUUGGGGUGCCGGGUACUUAUUUCCCACUGAGGAAGGGCGGGAGAGUCACACUGUAUCAGGAUGCGCAUGUGCCUGAUGGUCUUCUUCCUGAUUUGACGCUGGAAGGGGGUCAUCAUUAUGUGCAUGGGCAGUGUUGGCUUGAUAUUCUUGAGGCGAUAUCUCAAGCAAGGCGACUUAUUUAUAUUACCGGUUGGUCAGUGUUCCACACAAUCCGGUUGGUCCGGGGUGUUGGCACUGGGAAGGAUAUUACUCUGGGGGAGCUUUUGAAAGCCAAGUCUCAGGAAGGGGUGAGAGUCUUGCUUCUUAUAUGGGAUGAUCCGACUUCGAGGAACAUUUUGGGCUAUAAGAUGAGAUCGAAGCUGACUCCCAAGGGCUUCAUCUUCGUUCUCAUCUCUGAGCUCGUCUUCGUCUUAGACUAUUGGUUUAAGACAGUUGUGACUUGUGCGAGAAUGAAAUCCUUUAUGAUCUGUAUCAACAAUUUCCUUUUUGUUUCUGAAAAAACCGCUCAGGAAACCGGAGUCAUCUUUACUCAUCAUCAGAAAACAGUUGUUCUUGAUGCUGAUGCUGGUAACUUUAAGAGAAAAAUUAUUGCAUUUGUUGGAGGUCUUGAUUUAUGUGGUGGCCGAUAUGAUACUCCGAGGCAUCCUCUAUUUAGGACAUUACAAACAUUGUAUAAGGAUGAUUUUCACCAGCCAAACUUUACGGUUCCUGUAGUCAAUGGUCCAAGAGAACCCUGGCAUGAUUUGCAUACUAGAAUUGAUGGUCUAGCAGCUUACGACGUUUUGACAAAUUUUGAAGAACGGUGGUUAAAGACAGCAAAACGCCAUGGAAUAAAGAAAAUAAAGAAGUCUUAUGAUGACGCCUUGCUUAAUAUUAGUAGAGUCCCAGAGAUUUUAGGUAUGCAUGAGUCACCAUAUAUAAACGAUACUGAUCCUGAGACUUGGCAUGUGCAGAUCUUCCGCUCAAUCGAUUCAAAUUCUGUCAAAGGUUUUCCUAAGGAUCCAAAAAUUGCUACUAGCAAGAAUCUAAUAUGUGGUAAAAAUGUACUGAUUGACAUGAGCAUACAUACUGCUUAUGUCAAGGCCAUACGUGCUGCCCAACACUUCCUUUACAUUGAAAACCAGUACUUUCUUGGUUCAUCAUACAAUUGGGAUUCAAACAAAGACCUAGGUGCAAACAAUCUGAUACCAAUUGAAAUAGCCCUUAAAAUUGCAAAUAAAAUUAAAGCUAAUGAGAGAUUUUCUGCAUAUAUAAUUGUUCCUAUGUGGCCUGAGGGUAACCCAACAGGUGCUGCUACACAACGAAUUCUCUAUUGGCAGAAAAAGACAAUGCAAAUGAUGUAUGAAACAAUUUACAAAGCUUUGAAAGAAGAAGGCCUCGAGGAGACAUAUGAACCUCAAGAUUAUUUAAAUUUCUUCUGCCUUGGUAACCGGGAGGUCUCAGACCAAGAAGACGCUCAAACUGGAAGUCCUGCUGCACCAGCAACAUCUCCCUUGGAACUUGCCAAAAAGAAUCGCCGCUUCAUGAUCUAUGUGCAUUCAAAAGGUAUGAUAGUGGAUGACGAAUAUUUGAUUGUGGGGUCCGCAAAUAUCAACCAGAGAUCUUUGGAAGGUACAAGAGACACCGAGAUAGCAAUGGGUGCAUACCAGCCUGAGCAUACAUGGGCAAGGAAGAUCUAUGGCCCACGUGGACAGAUUUUUGGCUAUCGAAUGUCACUAUGGGCUGAGCAUAUUGGACAUCUGGAGGAAUGCUACACCCAACCUGAGAGCCUCGAGUGCAUGAGAAGAAUUCGGCAUCUGGGAGAGAUGAACUGGAAACAAUUUGCCGCGGAAGAUGUUACAGACAUGACCGGCCACCUAAUGAAGUACCCGGUGGAUGUUGACAAGAAGGGGAAGGUGAAGCCUCUUGCUGGAUGCGAGUCUUUCCCCGAUUUGGGUGGAAAUAUUUGUGGAUCAUUUUUAGGCAUUCAGGAAAACCUCACAAUAUGAACGAAUUAUGUGCUACAAAUUUUGUAUUUGAGAUAGUGAAAGAGCUCACAUCUACUCUUCUAUACUUAUAGGAGGAUUCAAAGAACUUUUGUUCAUACUAAAGUUAAUGCUACAGUAAAUGUUGUAGAGCGAACAAUAAAUUGACGAAUAAGCAAAAUACGGUAGAUGUUGUAGCGUUGACGGUAAA